AUGGCGGAACCAUCGCUGCUCGACAAGUUCGACGCAGCAGUCCCACUCGCCCAAUUCGAUGCCUUUCCAAAACUGCCCUCGACAUACAAAUCCCGGUCUGAAUCUCGCGGUUUUAUCACCAUCUUUAUCACCUUCCUCGCCUUCCUCCUCGUCCUUAAUGACUUUGGAGAAUAUAUAUGGGGCUGGCCAGAUUAUGAGUUCAGCGUGGACUCGCAGUCAAACAGCUUUAUGAGCAUCAAUGUCGACAUGGCCGUCAAUAUGCCUUGUCAUCUCCUCAGUGUGGAUCUGAGAGAUGUCGUUGGUGAUCGUCUUUAUCUCAGUAAAGGUUUCCGUCGGGACGGUACUUUAUUCGACGUAGGUCAAGCAACUUCACUCAAAGAACACGCCGCAAUGCUCUCAGCCCGUCAAGCUUUAUCGCAAUCUCGCAAAUCCCGUGGUCUUCUUUCCUCCGUUUUCCGUCGCAGCCAACCUGAUUACCGCCCAACAUACAAUUAUCAAGCGGAUGGUAGCGCGUGCAGGAUCUAUGGCACCCUUCAGGUAAAGAAAGUCACAGCCAAUUUGCAUAUCACUACUCUCGGGCAUGGAUACACCAGCAACGUACAUGUUGACCACACCAAGAUGAAUCUUUCGCACGUCAUCACCGAGUUCUCUUUUGGUCCCUACUUCCCAGAUAUCACUCAACCACUUGACUAUUCUUUCGAAGUCGCGAAAGACCCCUUCGUUGCAUACCAGUACUUCUUGCAUGUUGUCCCGACGACCUUUAUCGCCCCACGUUCUGAGCCUCUUCACACUAAUCAGUACAGCGUCACGCACUACACUCGCGUCUUGAAAGGUCAUCACGGCACCCCUGGAAUAUUCUUCAAAUUCGAUCUUGACCCCAUGGUCAUCACCAUCCAUCAACGCACGACCUCCUUCCUCCAGCUCUUCAUCAGAUGCGUAGGAGUCAUAGGCGGCGUGUUCACCUGCACCUCCUACUUCCUCCGCUUCACCACCCGCGCCGUCGACGCCGUCUCAGGCGUCGACAACACCCCAGGGCUCGUCGCCGCCGAAGCAACCGGCGUCAGACGCAAAUGGGGAGGCGGACACCUGCGCGCGCGUUCUUCAGCCCAGGGCGGGUCCGGCAGAGUCAUCAGACAGGGCAACGGCUGGGUCGUCGAAGGCGCGAGCGGAUCGCCCUAUGCGAGCUAUGCAGGCACGCCCAUGUCGGGAUCGUUCGGGACGCCCUACACGCCCUACCUCUCCCCCGCCCCGCCUUCGAGCGUCCCUGGGACGCCGGGUACGGGUGUGGGACUUGGGUUUGGGCCGCCGGCGUUUGGACCGAUGAGAGGGGGCCAUUCGCCGAAUCCGUCGGUGGGGGGGCGAGCAUCCCAUUCCCAUUCGCGGAAUGUGAGCGUGUCGUCGCAGUUGGUGGCGCCUUCGCCUGGGCUGUCGAAUCUGGGACACUUUCCUCCAUCUCCUAACCCGCGAGGGUCGUAUUCUCCAUCGCCAUCGGACGGCAAGAAGGAUGAUUGAGGUUACUUUUGGGUGGUGCGCUGCAAGGCGGUGUGACAAAAUGGACGACGGUCGGUUAGUGUAAACUCGAGUUGGUGGUUGUGUUUAUUAUUUAUGAUGACCGCUGGUUCAUCUGUAUGUAUACACUGCAUAAGAACUCAUGG